GGUGGGUGAAGACCAGCACAACCAUCGCAAUGCCGCCCAGGAUACCCGUCCGCGCCUCGUGGGCCCCAUCGGUGCCGGUUAGCUGCCCCAAUGCCCGCCCGUUCUGCUCGACGCCGGCGGCGCUGGCCCUGGGCCCCCAGUCGCCCAAUUACAUCGAGGUCCCCAAGCCUGCGCAGCCGACAUUCCCCAUGGACCCCAACCUCAAGGGCCAUCUGCCCAUCCCUCGCGACAUCACAAGGACGCGCAGCCCGCACGCAGAUGUGGAGAGCUUCCUCCGUAGGACGACCAAGGACGCAAAGGACCGCAAGGCCCCCGGGCCCUUCAGCCGCGACGCCGACUUACGCCUCUACAAGCAGCGCCUGGCCGACACAAGGAAGGAGGCCCUGAAGGAAGGUGUCAAGGAGCUGCAUGCACGCAAGGUCACGUCAGAGGCGCAGCACCUGGACCGCAUACAGCAGAGCGGUGAGAUGCGGAGGAAGCUCGCCAUGGCACCGAGGCGCGAUGUCGACAUCCUGACCGAGACAUCUGUGUCCAAGGGCGUCCGCGACUUCCUUGCCGACUCUCUGCCGGCAUCCGAGAAGAACAUCGAGGCGCGGAGACGGGCGUACGAGAAGCGGCAGGCCGCGCAGGAGGCAGUGCGCCAGUCUCGCUUGCACGACCUCUACACCAACGCGCGGACAUUCAUCGUUAGCGAGGAGCAGCUGGACCUAGCUAUCGAAGAGGCAUUCGGCACCGAGGAGAACCCUGUUGGAUGGGACAUGAAGGGUAAUGAGGGCCGUCGCCAGCAGGGCAACCAUGAGGGCCUGUCGCCCUGGGCCGGACCCAUGCCUGAGGGCGUCGGCGACAAGAUGCAGAAGCUGCGUGGCGGAGAGGGUGUUGGUUUGGCUAAGGAGCGCGUCAGGAAGCUGGCCGAGGAGCUCACUGGCGGUAAAAUGUAACAAGUACUUGGGACGACACUGUAAGAUUUGUACAUUACGGACGGGGCUUUGUGGCAACUUCAUCGCCGAAUGCCAAUUGUAUACUGUGGCGCGUGGGAUCUCUUGAUAUGUUGUGUCAGUUUGUGUUGUGUUACUUUGUUUGUGACGAGGGUGACCCCCUCCCCCCACUUUCCAAUUGACGAGCUUCACCAGACCGUCAAUCAUCCACAGCCUCUCCGUACACCACUAAUGCGCAAAUCGCU